CAGAGAUGAAAUAUUUGGCAGAUGCCAUAUCAGGUCUUGCCCGCAACAUAUCACAGGUCUUGAUAGCCGAUUCACAGUCAGAGGCUACGCCUAGUCAAUCAGUAGCACCAGAAGCAUCCGCCUCACCAAUUGAUCCGCCUAUAGCAUCGGAUGUUCAUUUCACUGAUUCGCCUUGCUAUACUUGCAAUGAUCCAUGCACAGACCAUCCUCAACUGCCUGGAUACCUCGCCAAGAACAUUGAUGUAGAAACGCCUUUACAUGGCACAAUGAAGCCUUAUCGACAGCAUAUUCUUGUACGGGUUGGUCUAGGCACCAAAUGGGCAGAAAAGCUUGGCCAGACUCCCAAUGCUUUCUUUACCCACGUAGAUGAUUCCAUUUCCAACCUGCACCCACCAUUCCGGUCUCUGAUUACUGCUUUUGAAAGUAGUACUGGGGAUGAUCAAGUCGAACCGGAAGACACUGAUUGUACACAGGUCUUGCUGUUUCCUCAAAACAUUGCGUUGGAUCGAGUUCAUGUGAGCGAUAUUGGAACACUUGCCGAUUGCAUUAUUGCAUACCACAAAAUGAUGGAUCAAAGCAGUGAUGCUGGAGAAUCUGGAUUACCGGUUGAAGGUGAAUCGCCUGAAAUCAUGCUUAAGCUGCUACCCGAAGCAUUUGCCGCAAAAACACUAGCAAAGCCUUGGGGCCACAAGACAACUGUGAUGGUGUGUACUCAUAAACGACGUGAUAAACGAUGUGGUGUUGCCGGACCACUGCUCAUGAAAGAGUUUAAUGAUGCUGUUAAAGAGUUUGACAUGGAUGCUGAUGUGGGUGUAUAUGGCGUAAGCCAUUUUGGUGGACACAAGUUUGCUGGAAAUAUCAUUAUAUACCGAUACAAUUCAGGAGGUCAAAUGGUUGGUGACUGGUAUGGACGUGUUCGAACAUGUCAUGCUAGACCAAUUCUUGAAACUACGGUUAAACAAGACAAGAUAUUCAAAGAACUCUGGCGUGGAAGGAUGGAUGCUAUAGUCCGCAAGGAUAGCAAGAGCAGCAUGGUUUGGUGAUUAUACUAGAGAUGCUUCGUACUUUAAAUACUAUGUUUUAAUGGGCAUAAUAAACUGUACAUUGAUAAUCUGAGCUC